UCAAAAUUCAAAAAUAAUAUAAAUAGGACCAAAAACUUUGGUUGAAAAUGUUCAAACCGGCUGUAAGGGAACGUAAGCCUAGGAUAAGGAGUAACCCCAAGGUGGGUCUCCAGACCAGGAGGGCUUCCAGCUCAAAGAGUUCCGACAGUGAGCCGAGUGGUUCGAGGAAAUAUCUGAGAAGUCCGCAGAUAAGCAGGGAUUCCAUUGAAACCCUGGGACAGGAGCCCAGUGCACCUAGUUUUCAGUAUCGAAAUUGCAGUCCUUCCGAUAAUGGCUAUGAUGCGGGUGCCGAUACCGAUGAUGCCUGCGAUGAUGGAUUGAAUGAGUCCGCACUUAUGUACUUGAAGGCUCAAAGGCGAUCUCCUCAAACAUUGAACUCUUUUGUCCUCCCGAAACCGAUUCCAUCCCACCGUUUUGGUGGAUUCCUUCGUCUUCUGGCCCGCAGUUUGCACCAAUGUUCGAUGGGGAUAGCCGCCGGAUUCGGAUUGAGUCGCCAGCAGGCCGCCUGGUACAAGAACUGCUGGCAAAGUCCGGGCUCCCAGCCAAAGAGUAUCCAUCUGAUGGGGCAAUUUUCCGAGCCCAGUGCGAUUUCAAAGACCCCGACUAAACCGCGAAGUAUUGAUAGUUCCACUACUUUGUAAAAUCUAUUGCAGUCGACAGAUAACAAGCUAUUUGUGUACAGCAUAUGGUAGUUAAAUGUGUAAUAUUAAGUUGGU